AAGAGCAGCCAUGGCAUUUAGACUCAGAUCCUACUUCACUGUCCUUCUGCUAAUUAUUCUCCUCUUUGAGACAUCUUCAUGCGGCCUGCUUCAAAGUUCUGAAGGUGGAACUCAACAAUAUCCCUACAUGAUGGCCAAGCAUGUGCACAUGAGAAGGGCUUUGCAAGAGUUCAUUCAAGAUUAUGAGAAUGGAGGACCGAAUCCCAAACAUGACCCUAAGAAAGGCAAGCCAGGUGGCAAGGGUCCCUAACUUUGAUCACCUACCCCUCUAAUUUCUGUAUCGUCGUAGGAACCCAUCUUUCAUGUCUAUGUAGCAAAGUCCUGGUUAAGUUAUGAUAAAUAUUAAGACUUUUUAACGGACGCUUUAUGGAACGACAGAAAUAAUGUAAAACAGGGGUUGUCCAUGAGAGGAGAUGCUUCCAAGUUAACGUCUCUCUAUAACGUAUAGAACCGGAUUAUUAAAU